GUCCGUAUACUUAAUGGUCGCAAUUAGUUUUUCAUCGAGCAAAAGCGACACGCACUUGUCGUAAAGUCCGUUGAACCUGUGGCUAAAUUGAUUUUCGUUCAGGGCAGGCCACACGUUCAUUGAUACAGUUGUUAAAUUUCUUUCCCAAAUAUAUCAUAUAUUUAUAAAUGGAAGAAAACUAUGCCGAAUGAAGAGAACAAACGCUGGUGUGUCAUUGUCAGCUUGGCCACGUGGAAUAUUUUGGCAGGAUUUGGGUUCUAUGCCUAUAUCUUGGAUUGUUAUGGUCACGAAAAGAGGAAGUUCAUGUAUCACACAUUUCAUGGAACUAUUAAUCAGGAUGUAUUGAUAGGAAUUUCUGUGGUGAUGGUUUGCCAAAUAAUAUCCUCGGUUAUUCUGUGUUUGGCACUAAAAGAGUACAGAUCCACAUUUUUACUUUUUGGAAUUUUCUUCAGCAUGCCUUUUCCUGUCGCCUGUCUUCCAGUUUGGCCUCUGGCUAUUGCACACGUAUCUCUUGCUUUAUGGACCCUAAAUUAUAAAUAG